ACCGUACACAUGACCUUGUCGUCGCGUUCCAGCAUGCAUCGUUGCAGCUGCAGCAGCCCUUUUUGGAACAGAAGUCCUGCCGCCGCCCAUGACGGACCUGCAGGACGUGAAGGUCAAUGGAGAGGACUUGCUGCCCGAUAGCGGCCGCAACUGGAGCCCGGACGUGCUGCUGGAGCUCGUGAAGAUCUGACGCUGUGUCCUGGCGCAUCCGGACUGGAGUCGCGUGCAGUGCGGCGAGUCGACCUAGUCUAAUGUGUUGGGAGUGCUAUGAGCUGGGAAUAUGGGGUGUGCUGCUCCUGCGCUGCACCAUCAAGGCGACGAUUCUUCGUGGGUCUACCGCAUCAGUCAAGACAGAUUGUGUCGUACCUUGUGAAUCGGAAAUACGUUUACACUGGAUGGAAAGUGGGCAAGCCACAGCAUAUUUGCAGUGACUUUAACAUGAGAGCUCUUUAUCGCUUGCCCUUGGAUUACACUGACCAUCAUGCUUGCCGAGAGGGCUGUGUCCGUAAAUGUUUGCCCCUGAUCCCUGCUACUGAUAGUCAUGAGUUGAAGGUGAUCAACCUUGCAGUGGUGAUGGUA